AUGGCCGAGCAGAGCAAGCUCUGCCGCUGGUUUGGCACGGCGCAGGGAUGUCGCUACGGCGACUCGUGCAUAUUCAAGCACGCAGACGCCGCUCCGAAGGCGGCUGGCAGCAGCACUGCCACUCCGUCCGCCAGCACCAAGAGCAAGCCCUAUCGCCCCGUCCUUUUCUCCACGCGACUGACGCUGAACCCUCCCGACAUUACCGCGACGACGGUGCCUCAGCUCGCCGAACCGACUUCGGAUGCCCUCAUGCCCCGUUCCGACCAAGACCCCGACCAGACCCGCAGCCGCCUGUUCGUGUACCUCAAGCCCAACUUCACCUUUUCCAGCUCGUUUGCCGUCAAGACCUUCUGCGAGAUCCUCGUCAGCUGCAACUCCAAGCACACCGAUUGGACGAUGGACAAGCGAACCGACUUCCUCGAUCAGCUGGUCCACAACGAAGCAGCUGGCAUCCAGAGGAUCAGAGACGUUCUUCGAUACCCCAUCACCAUCCGAGCCUGCGCGCCUCCGCGCGUCGAGCUCUGUUUCCAGCAGACGGUGCUACUCGUAACCAUGUUCCUGAGCAGCGAGGCCGUCGUGCGCUGCAUGGCCAAGAGGACCCAGACGCUCCUCCUCGGCAUCGUUGACCUUCACCUCGGCGAGAUCCUCGACGCGGUUCUCACUUCGAGCGAGGCUCUGCUCAAGUCGAGCAUCGGCGUGCCUGCUCUGGCCUCGAUGGCGCAGAUCUUCAAGCCGACUAGCGUCAUGCUGCUCGAGUACAUCCGCCUCUUUAAGGAUGCGGCCAUCGAGAACGAGCCUGCCCUCAAGUCCUUUGUCGACAAGUUUGCCGAGCUCCACACUGCCUGGGCCGACAAGGUUCGCGCCGGCACCAUCCGUAACGACGUGCUUGCCACGCUGCCAGUCGACCAGCAAAGCUUCGCCCUGCACGUCGUCGGUCACUGGAUCCGACAGCUGAAGGAUGUGGUUGCCCGAGCGGGUCGAAAGAUUGGCCCGGGCGAUGGCGCGACGCACGUCGAUGCCGACGCCGUCCUGGCACAGCAGAACCUCGGCCAGCUGGCGCACAUGCAGCGCCUGUUUGAAGGUCCCGGCAGCCUGCGCGGAGCCGGUCCCCGUCACGACAACGACCAUGCCGACAUCACCAAGAUCCAGAUCGUUCCCACGCACAGCGAGCUGUCGAGCAGCGUCGCACCCUACAUCCCUGCCACCAUCCCCGGAGCCCCGCACCACCUGUCAGAGGGCACUUACGCACGAGUCCUUGACGUCCAGUUCCGCCUGCUUCGCGAGGAGGCCAUGGCGCCCUUUCGACAGGGCCUCGCCUCUCUUCUGCGUGACCUCCAGAGCUUGGUAAAGCCGAACACGGGAGACCGCGAAGGCCUGGCAGGCGCCGCACGCAUCCGAGCCAUCCUACACGAGGGCGGAGGUCGACUCCAGGCCGACAGGCAGGACAUAGUCGCGGCCGACCUGGUCAUCCACGGCGACGGCCGGCUCCAGUUCCGCGGCUGCAGGACUCUCGCCAACAAUGGCGUCGUCGUCGAUCUGUCCUUCUGCUCCCCCGUGCGGGCGCGAAGCAACCCCAAGCGCUACUGGGAAUUUGCCGCCAAGAGGGCUCUGGGGAUGGGCGCCCUGGUGGCCUUCCUGGUGGCUUCUGGCGACCUCUCUCCUAGGCUGUUCAUGGGCACCGUGUGCAGCUUCCCGUCGGACAUGCUGAAGGGCGUGGCUUCGGGCCGAGACCCUACCGUCAGCAUCUCCUUCUUCGACUCUGCCGCCCUGGCCUUCUUCUUCGACAAGCCCAAGGGCGUUACCGAGCUCCUUGUCGAGGCCAACGGUAUCAUCUACGACACCAUCGCACCCUUUCUCCGCUCGCUGCAGGACUCUAACCCCCACUACCUGCCCUUCAAGGCCUACAUCGCCGAGACGAUGCAUCGCCAACUGCCGGCCGGCAGCGUCGAGGUCGCAGCCCCUGACUAUGCCCUUGCCCCCGGCUUCAAGUUCGACCUCAGCGCGCUCCUUCUCGACUCGAAGAGGUCCACGCAGACCCUGACCAUGUCCAUGGACGCUCACAGCAUCGAUGCCGCCAGGCGCCAGCUGGAGGAGGCCAGCACGUUCGACGGAUCCCAGAUCGACGCCAUCGUCAACUCGCUUACCUCGCAGGUUGCGCUCAUCCAGGGACCUCCAGGUACCGGCAAGAGCUACACGGGCGUCGCGCUGGUCGACGUACUCCUCAAGAGCAAGGUCAGGCCGAUUCUGAUCGUCUGCGUCACCAACCACGCGCUCGACCACUUCCUCCGAAGCAUUCUGGACAAGGGCAUUACCGAAAGCCUCGUCCGCUUUGGUUCAGCAUCCAAGGACCCGAAGGUCGCCUCCUUCAGCUGGAACUCGAUCAAGCACGCGGCCCAUGACGAUCCGAGCAGCCGUGCCCUCAACGCGGCCUUCAAGCAGUACAAGGUCGCCGAGGAAAAGCUCAAUCAGUGUCUACGUGCGCUGCAGCAGACCAGACUUCCGCUGGAGAGCAUCACGAACGUCAAUGGCUUCGCGUACGGUGCGCACUUCGAGCAGCUGAGCGACAAGAGCGGCAAAGCUCUGCCGGCCGCGGUGUCCGCCUUCGAGCAGCGCUGGCAGGUCGUUGGCCCAAACACGAAAAGCCACGAAACACUGUUCGACUUUUGGCUCGAGGGCGGAGACCUCAUCUUCCGCGUCCAGCCCGCAACGGCCGCAGUCAGCGCACCUGCUCUCCAACGCCCAACACGACGCGAGGACGCUCAGCCGCGACGAGGUGCUCUCGGCAUGGGCCAUCUCCAUCUCAACUGGGGUCUUCUGGCUGUCGAGGAGGCCCUCGCCGAAGACGACUCGGACAAAGACGCGGAGGCCAGGAGCGAGAGCGCCCAGAUGACCGAGGAAGCCCAACACACAGCUGCUGUUCCCAUUGACCUCCACGACGAGGUGCAGCAGGAAGAGCUCGUCGAAGCGAUGAGCGGUCUCGUUCUCGACGAGAGUGGCACCUGGCCGGAGCUGCGUUCCGCCGACAGCGACAGAGACGUCGAAGAGCUCGGCGAGGACAACGAUGUCUGGAGCUUCUCGCUCAAGGAAAGGCACAAGCUCGCCCGCCACUGGGAACAGCGCGCCAGGGAGCUUGAGAACGACAGGUUCGACCGCGCCAAACGGGAGUUCGAACAAGCUCGAGAGGAGCUCAACCACCAGAAGGAUCAGGCCUGUCUCCGCAUCGUGCUUGGCUGCGACAUCAUCGGCUGCACGACCAACGGCGCUGCCAAGCUGACCAGCCUUCUCGCUAACAUCCGACCGAAGGUUCUUCUGGUCGAGGAAGCCGCCGAGAUCCUCGAAGCACACGUCCUCGCCUCGAUGACCCCCUCUCUCCAGCACCUGCUGCUCAUCGGUGACCCGAUGCAGCUGCGUCCCCACAUCUCCAAUUACACGCUCUCGAUGGAGAGCAAGAGGGGUCAGCUCCACAGGCUGGACUUCAGCCUGAUGGAACGGCUCGCCACCGAGGCUGGACUGCCCAUCACCCAGCUCAACGUGCAGAGGCGCAUGCGUGCCGAGAUCGCCGACCUCGUGCGUCCCCUGUACCACAACCUGCAAGACCACCCUGACAUGGCGAACCGGGCCGACGUCAAGGGCUUCCAGAAGAACCUCGUCUUCAUGGACCACAGCCAUGCCGAAGACAGGACCCGUGACGCCGGCAGCCGUUCGAACGACUUUGAAGUGCUGAUGGUGAUCGACCUCGUCAGGUACCUCUGCCAGCUCGGCUACCGAAAGGAAGGAGACAUCUGCCUCCUGACUCCCUACCUCGGCCAGCUCGCCAAGCUCAAAAAGGCGAUGGCCAAGGAGGUCGUCAAGGUCGUCGUUGACAACCGCGACGAGGAGCAGCUUGCCCUCGCCGAGGCAGCGGACGCCGCCGAAGCUCCGAACGAGGCCUACAUGUCGGUACAGUCCUCAUCCCUCGAAGCGGCGGUGCGUGUUGCAACCGUCGACAACUUUCAGGGCGAGGAGGCGAGGGUCGUCAUCCUCAGCCUGGUUCGCAACGCUGGUUCAAGCGACGGUGACGACGAAGACCCCGCCACUGCGUACCAGAACGUCGGCAUCGGCUUCCUCAAGUCCCCAAACCGCAGCAACGUGGCCCUCUCGCGCGCCAAGGAAGGCCUGUUCAUCCUUGGCAAUGCAGGCCUGCUGUCGAGCAAGUCCGAGUUCUGGGCGUCUACUCUCGCCACGCUCGAUGCCUCGGGCGCGGUCAUGAACGGCUUCCCCCUCCAAUGCGAGCACCAUCCCGAAGAGACUCUCAGCGCGACCGACCCGGGUCAGAUCCCGGUCUGGGCUCCUAACGGCGGAUGCCCUCAGAUCUGCAGCAAGAGCAUCGGCUGCGGUCACAUCUGCGACAAGAAGUGCCAUCCCGGAGACGCAGAGCAUCGGCUGCACCCUUGCGAGGCCCCCUGCGCUCGACUGCACGAGGAGUGCUCCCACCCGUGUCAGAAGGCGUGUCACGAGGACUGCGGGCUGUGCGAGUUCCCGCUCUCCUCCGUCCAGCUCCCCUGUGGUCACACCGCCGACAAGGUCCCCUGUCACCAGGUCAAGAGCGGAUACGUGCGCUGCACCGUGCCCGUCACCAAGGAGCUCCAGACCUGCGAGCACACCCUGGCCGUUCCGUGCGGCGACGACGUUGCAGACUACAGCUGCAACGCCGCUUGCGGCAAGGUAAUGUCGUGCUGCGGAAGGGUCUGCUCCGCGGGCUGCGACGCUUACCAAUCGCUCAGCACCAAAGGCAAGGCGACGGGCCCCUCUGCGAGGAUGAGGGACAGCGAGGAUGGCGAACAUGCCGAAGCUGUCAUCGAACGGACCGCGCACCGUCCGCAUCUCUGCGACCAGCCCUUCUCUUCCUGCCCGCACAAGUGCUCGCAACGCUGCGAGCCCGACCACAAGUGCGGCGAGUGCCGCGAGCCCUGUUGGCGUUCGUGCGAGCACAGCCAGUGCCGCAAGCGUUGCAACGAGCCGUGCACCACCUGCCUCGCCCCGUGCUCGUGGGAUGCGUGCCCGCACGUUGCUCAGGGCUGCCCCCUCCCUUGCGGUGUCCCUUGCUCUCGCCUUCCCUGCGACGCUCGCUGCACGGAGACCCUCAUCUGCGGUCACCCUUGCCCCAGCCUCUGCGGCGAGCCUUGCGACGUGCAGGCGUGCAUCGAGUGCAUGCCCGCCGAAAAGCGACAGGCCGACGUCGUCGACCUGCUGAUGCAUCGCACCCUCGCCGAGAUCGACGAUACCGACGAUGGCCUCGACAACAUCCUCCUCACCCUGGACUGCGGCCACAUCUUCACGGUCGAGACGCUGGACGGGAUCCUCGAGCUCGACAAGUACUACGACCGUGACGAGAACGGAUGGGUGCGACCUUCGCUGCCGUCGUCGAUGUUCGAGAAGCCCAAAAAGUGCCCGACCUGUCGUGCAGAGAUCUACGCCCGUCGCUACUCGAGGCCGAUUAAGCGAGCCGUCCUCGACCUCCAGGAGACCAAGACGACGCGCGAGCUCAACGCGGCGGUCGCCAGGGUUCGAAAGGCCUGCGCGAGCGUCGACAUCACCGCGAAGAAGGAAACUCUGCGCGAGGAUGUCGCGAAGGCGAUCAGCGUCCUCCCGGCCACGGUGCCCUCGCUCGAGGAGCAAAAGAGGCUGACGCGCUCGCUCGUCAAGGACCAGGCACGCGUGGACCUCAAGUCCGGCCACACCAGCAUCACGCCGUCUGGCAAGGUGUUCGACAUUCGGAGCCGUGGCGUCGAUCAGGCCCUGGUGCGCGCCUGGAACGCGGCUUGCACGGCCAUCAAGCAGUGCUACGUCCAGGUCCAGGACAUCGCCAAACGCCCACUGUCCCCGAGCAUGGAUGCGUGGCAAGCGGCGGUGGCCUCGAGCUACCAGGCAGCCGCGAUGCUUUACGACAUGGAGAGGGACCCGCGGGCUGGCCUCAAGGCGAUGAGGGAAGCCAAGGUCGCAGUCGGGACCCCCGCGCCCCGAGCCGAUUACCGCUUCCGCGUCGAGAGCAUCAUGCACGGCAUCAACCUGCGCCUUCUCCUCCUCGAUCUCGCCGAAGAGGUCGCGACACAGCUCAAGGGGGCCGAUUCGCCGCAGCUGUGGAGCUGGAACCUCUACAUCGACUUUGUCAUGACCUCGAUCAUCCUCGACGCCACCAAGGCAGUCCACUUUGCAGAGAUCGGCCAGUGCUCGAAGCUUUUCCUCGAGGCGAAUGCGCUCAAGCUGAGGGUCGAGUUCGAGCGCGUCAAGACCGAGGCCAUCCGAGUGCUCGAGAGCGAGCUGUCUAAGCGACCGGAGGUCUCGAAGGCGGCAGGUCAGCACGUCGACAUCCUCUUCGAGGGCUCGGAGGCAAUCGUGAACUCGUUCGUGGCAAGCGCGACACCCGAGUUGGCCGCCUUCUACGUCGCCAACGUCCAGCCCACCAUGCGUCAGCUCAGGGAAGAGGCGGUCGCGUUCGUCCAGCAUCUCGCCGCCGAGACCUUCUACCAGCCCGUCUCGAGCGCCGAGAAGAUGAUGAUCACCAAGGCCAUGCACGACGCCGAGUUCACCCACGGCGGCCACUGGUACCGCUGCGACAACGGCCAUCCGUUCACGAUCGGCGACUGCGGUGGAGCUAUGCAGGUCUCGGCCUGCCCCGAGUGCGGUGCGAGGAUCGGCGGCAGCGGCCAUCGUCUCCUCGGGGGCAACAUCGUGGACAGCGAGAUGGAAGAUCUCGCUCGCGAGCAGGGAACCGCUCCCUCGCCCUGGAACUGGGCUCAAUGGGCUCCAUAG